CGUUCUCCCGUCUCACUCUCCCAUCAGCCAACAACUUGCUCGCAAAUUCCUUCCACAGCGGGUCACCUCGCUUCACCCCCUUCACCCCGUUAAUUCCCCCGGCGAAGAAGCGCAGUACUUGGCACACCAGCAAUGGCGGCUACUUACCAAAUUGGCCUUGUGGCUGAGCCGCAGUUGCUGAACACCGAAAUUAUCACUCAGAGGGCCACCAGCUUUGUUGCUGACGCUAACAAAAAAGACAAAUGCAUUGGCUACUUGGAUGUGUUUGUACACCAGGCACGCGACAUCCACAAUGUUUGUAUCUAUCACAAGCAGGACGUGUAUGCGAAGCUGUGCCUCACGAGCAGCCCUGAUGUUUCAUGCUCAACCAAGGUGAUCAACAGUGCUGGGCGCAACCCGGUAUUCGAGGAAAGCCUACGGCUUGAUGUCCAGACUGCGGAUGCUUCGCUCAAGUGCGAGAUAUGGAUGUUAAGCAGAGUGAGGAACUAUCUGGAGGAUCAGCUUCUUGGCUUUGCCCUUGUUCCUCUGGCAGACAUUGUAAUGGGCGAUGGAAAGCUGGUCCAGGAGUUCUCCUUGACAUCCACUGACCUGUUCCACACACCAGCUGGAUUUGUGAAGCUGUCCUUGUCAUAUGCUGGUUGUUCCCCAGAUGUUAUCCUCGUCCCAUCACCCAAUAAGUCCCUGUCAGAAGUGGACGGUUCUGGAAAUGAUCAUGUGGUUCAUUCUCAGCUUGAAAAGAUUGUGUUCCCAGACCUAAAUGUGGAGAAGGAAGACGAGAUUAUGGUGUCAAAGUAUCUCGAGAUGGAGUCUUUGGACUCUGAAAACCCUAUAGAAGUUGAGAACGGUAUGUUGCUGCAUUCUGGAAAUAAUGAUGAUGUUCCUUCUAGACUGGGAAAGGUCGAGUUCACAGAUUCUGAAAACCCUGCAAAGGAUGAAAAUGGCAAGUUGACGCGAUUUGGUGUAGCUGUGCCUGAUACCGCAGGUAAGGCUGAGGGACACCACAAUGAAAGCCCUCUAAGUUGUGUCUCAACCACAGGCUCCUUCACUACCCUUUAUGCAACAACACAAUCAUUUUCUGAGCCAAAUUCUGAGCCUUCGGAGACCAACGUUGAGGCAUCCCCAAGACAAUGUCAUAGGGAGAAAAGCCAAGAUGUUACAGAUGGUGAGGCCGAUUCUUCUGAAACACCACCCAAGGAUGAAGUUAUCAAGCCUGUGAUCAGCGUUAACCUUCAGCCGGAGCAGUCAGUUGUCGAACAGGACAUAGUUGACAUGUACAUGAAGAGCAUGCAGCAGUUCACGGAAUCUCUCGCAAAAAUGAAACUUCCACUGGACGUUGAGAACCGUUGUCCCUCAGACGAAGGUUCCUACUCCAGCACAAUUGAGAAGGCAUCCCCAUCCCCGCCUUCCUCCGCAUCGAAGGGUUCUAGGGUCUUUUACGGAAGCAGGGCCUUCUUCUAAGUUUCUGAUGCAAAGUAGUGCACUAGCUCGUAAUCCCCUAUAUAUACAUAUACAUGGUCCAGGUCUGUCAGAUGUCGGCUGGCACGUAAUCACAUACUUUCUGUCUCCGUAGUAUGCUUCUAGGACUCACUCUUGGUACUGCUAUUAUUAGUAUUAUGCUUUGUUAGAAGAUAAUAAUUUCAUCCCAUAGUCAUAGAUUAAUCCCGUGUACUAAUACAUACCAAUGAAUAUAAUGUUACGAAAUCAGUUCUGACUCA